ACUAAUAUCCUUUUUAUCUUAAAAAGAAAUUAAAAAAAUAGAGAUUUAGUUACAAAGAGUACUUUUAAAUAAUUGAGACAUAUAGUAAUAUUUAUCCUCAAGCGCAGUAAUUUAAAAUAAUAAACAGUUUCAAGAUUUUUAAAAAUAAUUUUAUGUUAAUCUAAUUUAUCUUUUAAUAUAUUUGAACUUUUGGUAUUUCUGACAUUUUAUGAAACAAAUACCUUGAGUUUGGCUGGUUGAGAGACUAGGGCUAACUUGAUCAUGUCCUCUAUUACCAUGUAACACAGAGACACUCGAAGAGUAAAAUACUUCAGUCUGUCAUAUACAGGAUCUCAUGUCUGAAAGUUUUCAAAAUUGUGUAUUUAAAAUUUUGAAAUGUGCUUUUCUUGGUGGUUGGCAAUGAGUAUGGUGAGGAACUUUAUUCUUUCACAACUAUGUGUACUCGAGUCAUCAUUAGAUUGUGUCAUGUAAUUCUUUUAAAUGCUUCAGGAACCCUGUUUGUUCGUGGUGCUAUGGAAACUAUAAGAGAACUUCUCUCUGCUGUCUAUCACCUAGCCCCUCUGUCACCUCCAGCUGUCUCAGAGAUUUUUAUCAGAGGAAUGUAGACUGGAAUCUGCAAUGGUUCUCAAAAUCCCAAAGUGAGACCAUCAUGCAGACCUCAGAGACGGGUGCAGACACAGGUUCGACAGUGACUCUGCAGACAUCUGUGGCUAGCCAAGCAGCGGUGCCUACCCAGGUGGUACAGCAGGUGCCAGUCCAGCAGCAGGUGCAGCAGGUACAGACAGUUCAGCAGGUCCAACAUGUCUACCCAGCUCAGGUGCAGUAUGUGGAAGGAAGUGACACAGUCUAUACCAAUGGAGCAAUCCGAACAACAACUUAUCCUUAUACAGAAACACAGAUGUACAGCCAAAACACUGGAGGAAAUUACUUUGAUACUCAAGGAAGUUCAGCGCAGGUGACAACCGUGGUGUCCUCCCACAGUAUGGUGGGUACUGGUGGGAUUCAGAUGGGCGUCACAGGAGGACAGCUCAUCAGCAGCUCCGGAGGAACCUAUCUGAUUGGCAAUUCAAUGGAGAAUUCUGGUCACUCAGUGACACACACAACUCGGGCCUCCCCAGCGACAAUUGAAAUGGCGAUUGAGACGCUGCAAAAGUCUGACGGUCUGUCCACUCACAGAAGCUCUCUUCUCAACAGCCAUCUCCAGUGGCUGUUGGACAAUUAUGAGACAGCAGAAGGAGUGAGCCUUCCGAGAAGCACUCUGUACAAUCACUAUCUUCGACACUGUCAGGAACACAAACUGGACCCAGUCAACGCUGCCUCGUUUGGAAAACUAAUAAGGUCCAUUUUUAUGGGGCUACGAACUAGGAGAUUAGGAACUAGAGGAAACUCCAAGUACCAUUACUAUGGGAUUCGUGUGAAGCCAGAUUCUCCUCUUAAUCGUCUACAAGAAGAUAUGCAGUAUAUGGCUAUGAGACAACAACCCAUGCAACAGAAGCAAAGGUACAAGCCUAUGCAGAAAGUGGAUGGGGUUGCAGAUGGUUUCACAGGAAGUGGCCAACAGACAGGCACAUCUGUUGAGCAAACUGUAAUUGCCCAAAGUCAACAUCAUCAACAGUUUUUAGAUGCAUCUCGAGCACUUCCAGAGUUUGGAGAAGUUGAAAUCUCUUCUCUGCCAGAUGGAACUACCUUUGAAGAUAUCAAGUCACUGCAGAGUCUUUAUCGAGAGCACUGUGAGGCAAUAUUGGACGUUGUUGUGAAUCUUCAGUUUAGCCUGAUAGAAAAAUUAUGGCAAACGUUCUGGCGUUACUCUCCCUCUACUCCAGCUGACGGCACUACCAUUACUGAAUCAAGCAAUCUGAGUGAAAUAGAAAGUCGACUUCCGAAAGCAAAGCUGAUAACUCUGUGCAAACAUGAGUCUAUCCUGAAAUGGAUGUGUAACUGUGACCAUGGGAUGUACCAGGCUUUGGUGGAGAUUCUCAUCCCCGACGUCCUUAGACCCAUUCCUAGUGCCUUGACCCAAGCCAUUCGAAAUUUUGCAAAAAGCCUUGAAGGUUGGCUUUCAAAUGCCAUGAACAAUAUUCCACAGAGAAUGAUACAAACCAAGGUUGCCGCUGUAAGUGCCUUUGCCCAGACUCUGCGAAGAUACACAUCGCUCAAUCACCUGGCCCAGGCAGCCCGUGCUGUGCUUCAGAACACUUCCCAGAUCAACCAGAUGCUCAGCGACCUCAAUCGCGUUGACUUUGCCAAUGUCCAGGAGCAGGCUUCCUGGGUGUGCCAGUGUGAUGACAACAUGGUUCAGAGACUGGAAACAGACUUCAAGAUGACGCUUCAGCAGCAGAGCACACUGGAGCAGUGGGCAGCAUGGCUGGACAAUGUGAUGAUGCAGGCGCUGAAGCCCUAUGAAGGAAGACCCAGCUUCCCAAAAGCCGCCAGACAGUUUCUGCUCAAAUGGUCUUUCUACAGCUCAAUGGUAAUUCGGGACUUAACCUUACGCAGUGCUGCUAGCUUUGGCUCCUUUCACCUGAUCCGGCUACUCUAUGAUGAGUACAUGUUCUACUUGGUAGAGCAUCGUGUGGCUCAAGCGACAGGAGAGACACCAAUAGCUGUGAUGGGCGAGACAUUCCUUGUAGAUGAAAAAUGUACUCCUAUCACGGAACUCUUUAUAAGCAAACUUCCGAAUUUUGGUGAUUUAAAUGCUGUGUCUCCUGGAAAUCUGGAUAAAGAUGAAGGCAGUGAAGUAGAAAGUGAGAUGGAUGAAGACCUGGACGAUUCUUCAGAGCCUCAGGCCAAAAGAGAGAAAACAGAGCUGAGCCAGGCCUUCCCAGUGGGCUGCAUGCAGCCAGUCCUGGAGAGUGGUGUGCAGCCCAGCCUCCUGAGCCCCGUGCACAGCGAGCACAUCGUCACGAGCACGCAGACCAUCCGGCAGUGCAGCGCCACGGGCAACACCUACACGGCAGUCUAACAGCACGAAAUAAUGUCUCGAGCUUACUUUACCCCACUAUCCUGGGCUUAAGCUGAAAUUUUAACAAGCCUAAAGGUUGACUGUUGUCAAAAGUCUGUCUGUGCUGAACAUUACCUUUUUGGAGUUGUGAAAUGGAAUGGGUGUAUGUGUUUUUCCAGGUUUUUUUUUUUAACACAAAUUAUUUGCCUUUUAAUAAUAGGAGUUUCUCCCCCACUCCCCCUUAGUUUCAGGUGUCAAGAAGGAUUUUUACAACACGUAAUGUCAUUGUUUUUGUUUUCUCAUACUUAGAAAGUAAUUUACAUUUUGUAGCUUAAAAUAUUUUAUUGUUGAUUGUUAGUCUUGGUGUAUGAUUUUAUGUGUAAGGUUUUUAAUUAGAUGCACUUCUGUGAAAUAUCAAAAGAAAUGAAUUUCUUUGAUUUACACUGGAGGCAUGCCCAUUUGGCAGCAGAUGCAUCAAAUUUGCUUCUGGAAGGUGCUUUUCAUUGGACAGAACCAUAAGACACUAUUUUGAUAACAUUUUGGAGUAUGGAAAGAAUACAGAGCGUUUUUAUUAUAAUGGUAGAGGGUUGGGAAGGUCAUCUAUUUUUCUCUGAAAAAAAAUUGAGCUGUGCAUUUAUCAGUUCAGGGUAAAUGACAGAAUGGCAAGAGAUUAUGCUCAUAUGUACAUAAUUUGUGUACAUAACUAUUAAACCAUGUUAACAAUGCAAGCUUCCGUUAGACAUUGACUUUUAACUAUUAUUUACAUACCAAUUCCUCUGUUUAAAGACUACUGAUUCUGUAUUGGGACCACUGCACAGAUGCAUUCUGCUGUUAAGUGGGGCUGUUAUAGUUAGAUACUGAAGCUGAAAAAUGACUUGACUUUUUUUUUUAAAGUGUACAUGCUACUUAUACUGAGCUGGACAUACAGGAAACCAUUCCAUUUGGAUGACUUUCUUUUAUUCCAGGUCUUUUUUCUAAUAGUAGUUCAAUAUGCUGCUAUUAUAAAAAAUGUAUAGAAUGCAAGGAAUGUAGCGACCUGCAUAUUGUUAUUUCCUGGUUUCUAAAGUACAUGGAUUUAAAUUUUACACAGAACCUGAAGGCAGUGUGACUGGCACACCUCACUGUUGCUGACCCCGAUUCUGUAGGAUUUGGAUAGGUGGCUGGAUGGACCAUUGCCAUUGAAGAAUGUACAUCAGGGAUCAUCGUACCUCGGCUAUUACAUGGUGCCUUAAAACAGAACUGAGCUAAGGUUUAGUAAGGUUUAUUUUGUUCGUGAAUAACUCUUCAACCCAUUUGGUAAAGUGUGCCUGUCGUGCUCAGACUCCUGAAGUAAGGACAGGCCACAUGUUCUUCAAGGGGAAUUGAGGGGAAAAGUGAAGCAACACAAAGAGACAAAAACUUCAGUUUCUCUCUGAGUGACUGUGAGUGGACUUGUCUAUGUUUUAUCCUUGGAGCUGAAUAUCACUUGAUUAUAAAUCAGAUUGCUAAGGGUAUGGACUAACAGGCUAGUUUUCAUACAAACAUGUUACUUAAAGGUCAUAUGUUGUAGACCAUUCUUAUCUAGUUACAAUUCUGGAAAGCUAACACAAUGAGCAGGUACUUAUUGAAGUGCAUCUUUUCAGUCUAAAUGUCUGUCUGUGUGUCUGUGUGUCUCUGUAUGCGCAUGCACACAUUCACACACAUGCACACGCACUCACCCAUGCAUGCACGCACACACAUGGAGCAGGAGUCUGCUGCAGUCAGAAGGUGAGACCCUAAAGAGCACAGGCUCAUCAUGUUUAUUUUGCAUGAAAACCAAGGUUCUUUUCAGGACUCAAGUUAUCAACAACAACAACAACAAAAUAGGACACAUUCUUUUGUUUAAAUAACUAUAAAAAUAAAUCAGUGAAAGUCAAUAAAUAAAGAAAUCAAUAAAGCCAAAAAAAGCAAAGGAAAGCACAACACAAUGUUUAGAUCACUACUGAAGCCUCUAUUAAACUGAAGACUUCAUCUUUCCAGUUGAGUUGGGUGAGGAGUGUGGUUAAGGAGAUAAGGCUGCACCAGUCUGAAAAGUUAAAAAUACCAAAUGGCUUAUCAGGAAACACAGUGUAUUGAAACUGUUAUUGCCUGAUUGUCUCAAACUUCUGAAGAUCAACAGCAUUUCUUAAAUUAAAAUAUCAUAAAUAUG